UAUUAUCUAUGGCUUUCAAACCGCCAGUUUUGUUUGGGUGGUGUUUUGAUUUGGUUGUAUGUUUAUCCAACCUAGUUUGCAGUCUGAAAUAGUCAGUGGUACGAGGAGUAUGUGCCGUUGAUAACAACUGUGACUGUUACUUCAAGAUUGUAUACGGCUUGCAAACCACCAGUUUUGUGUGUGAUGAUUUAGUAUCUAAAAUGCUUGUCAACACGUAAAGUUUGUUUUUUGUAAUCGUACAGAGUAAUUUAAAUGGAUCCUCCACAAUAUCUAGACAGCCAAGCAUUGUUGAAAGGAGAGUACGAGACACAAUUUUUCGGGUUUUCCUCGAGAGUUUUAUUCGUGCACCGAAAUAAAUUGGGGCUGUGCUUGUUGUUUGGAACCAAAGGGCAAUUGUCUAGCACUGAGAAACAGCUAGCACCGAUGUCUGCCAUGGUCAGUAGGAUUAAGGCUAGUGCCUAGAACUGCAGUUACAUUUAGUGCAAGGUUUGGUGCUUCUGGAAUCCAUUAGGAAUCCUGAUGUUGCUGCACUUAUUGAUGUGCAAGAUCUGGCUGGAUCUUCAUUAUUCAUGUCAAAGAUAAAUGACGGACAAUGGUGGGUUUGCAUGUCACUGGGCAGAAGGCAAAUUGAAGGACUGCAUAAAUGAUAUUUUUAGUAGCCAUGCAACAAGUUUACAAGAUUCCUUGAUAAAGAAACGGGGAUGUGAUGAAAAUGAAGCUAAAUCUGCAACAGACAUGUUGAUCCGUAAGUGUGAAUGUGCUCUUCAAGCACAUAGUGAUGAUUUGCAGAUAGCCUGUGAUUCGAAUUUUGGAAUUCCAAAUGGUGUUUUGCUACCUGAAGAUAAUGCACAGAAAGUUCAAUAUUCAAGUGAAGAAGCUGAAAAUCUUGAGAAAGAGUUAGAUUGUCUGAUGACUAGGUUAACCAGGGCAAAGGCCAUGAAAUGCCAUUUGGCCAGUGAAUUAGAGGAAUUUGAAAAAUUGAAACCCGUAAUAGAAAAGAUGCACAAUCUAAGACUGGAGGUAUUAAAGAAUUUGGUUAAACAAGUGACGCAACAUGAACAGCAAUUGAAGAGACUAUCGAAAGUGUCAAAAUCAAUCUGUUCAGUUACCAGCAAAACAACAAUGGAUAAAACAGACUUUCCUCAUAAAUUAGUGAAAGACAAAUUCCGUUGUUCCCCUCCUGAAUAGUCACGUACUAGUGUCUGAAAUUUGUUUCUGUACUGUGCUAAAUUUUUUAUCAGUGGACUCUGUAAUUUGUUUUGUAUCCAUAUUUACUUUGCUCAGCUGUUCAUUUACCUCAUUCCUCACUAAAUCAUGCUUCUUGAUUAUCUCAGACUGUGAGCCGCCUUUUAACUUUUGUAUAGUGGAUUUUAAUGUUAGUAUUUUUUGAUUUAUCUGAGCCUUAUCUUGAGUUUGAGUCUUAGAAAUAUGUUCUUCCGACUUAUUGGCUUAUUGGCUUAGUUGUAUUCAAUUUGAAAUUCAGAUCUGUAAUUAAGUUAUACUUUAGCAUUAGUUAUAUCCAGCUUGACAUUUACGUCAGUAAGAACAGUUUCAAACUCUAGCAUUUAAGUUACUGUUUAGUUCAGGAGGAGCAGAUAUUUCCUCUCACAAAGUUGCUGCAAUUGCCAUCUCGUGUUGAAGAUGUGUGUCGUCCCUCGGCAUGGCUCACCACAUGAAAAUAAAAGUAAAAACCCCACACAACUCCUGUACCUUUACACUUGACACCAAAUUUUGUAACUCUUCAGUGGCAAUUAUCAUUUGUUGAUAAGGAGGUGUAGGGAUACUCAUCACUCCUUUGGAGUGGUAUACAGGGUGUCCUAAAAAAAAAAACACUGGUAAGGUUUAGGGACAGGUCCCUGAUACAUAAGUAAGUAAAGAAGUCUAAUAAACAUGGGCUGUAAAAUGCAUACCUUAAGAGGUAUUAGCACUUGUUCAUCUUCGAUACUAUGAAAUAGAUCUCUUGUAUUGCAAGGUUUUUGCUUUCUAUAUUUUGGGAGGAGGUACUGACCAAAACAAGAAAAAAAAAAGUCUGAUAAACAUGGAGUCCAAAAUGCAUACUGUAAUUGCUAGGAGCACUUGUUCAUCUUCACUAGUGUGAAACACAUUUCUUGUACUGAAAAAGUGCUCAUAGCUGUUAAAGAAUGCAUUUUAGAGCCCAUGUUUACUAGCUAUUUUUCUUGUUUUGAUCAAUACUACCUCCUCGCAAAAUAAGAAAACCAAAGAGCUUGCAGCAGAAGAGAUGCGUUUCAUAGCAUCGAAGAUGAAUAAGGGCUUACAUCUGUUAUAGUUCGUGCUUUAGAGCCUGCAUUUACUAGACUUUUUUUCUUGUUUUGGUAUACUGUGCCUGUCCCUAAAGCUUGUCAGGAUGUAUUUUUUUUAAGGGGGGGGGGGGGGGGGGGGGUUGCUGGGACCCUGUAUAUCACCACAAGGGCCAAGAAUCUUUCAUUGUCUCAUAUCAGUGUGUGACAAAGGUGGUAGAUUUACCUAUCUUUAUAGAACAGAAACAGAUUUUAAUAUAAUAGUGAUUUAUAAAAUGUACAAAUCAAUCACAUAAUAUAUAAUUUCAUUUUUAUUUGACAGUUGAAAAAUAUAGGUAUAAUAAUGAUAUUUAUAUAUAUAUAUAUAUGGAGAAAAUAAAUCUCACAGUUAUUGUAUAUAAUUUUCAUGAACUGUAGCUUUGUUGAGUGGUAACACUAAAAAAUAAAAAUUUUAUGGAAAAAUAUAGAGUUUCGGUCACAGAACCGAUGUUACAAUAUUGCUUAAUAUAUCACAUAAAAUUCAAUAAUGAUAUUAUUAAUAUUUUGUACUUGAACACAAUAUACCCAAUAAAUGUUACAUCAUUGCACAGUUAACAAUCUUAUCAUGUAAAUGCUUAUUGUGUGAAAUAAUCAGAGAUGUUUUUCAACAUCUUAAUACAGCUGAAUUAAAUGCUCAUGGUAUAUAAUAGUGAAUAAAAAGAAAACUAACGAUCUGAGCCAUCAAGGAAUGGUCAAUUUGGCAAUGUAUGGAAGUGUGAGGGACAAAAAUUGUAGAUGGAGACCAAAGCUUGAGUAGAGUUAAGUUCAAACGGAUGUAGGUUGCAAUAUUUCCAGAGAGGUGAAGAGACUUGCACAGGACAGACUUGUGUGAAGAGUUUAAUCUAAUGAGUCUUCAGACUGAAAACUCCCUACUACAACAGUGAUAACAAAAACAACGAAUAUGUGCUGUAAUUAUGUCUAAAUAUAAUGAUGUAAAUGAAGUACAUUAUUGUAUAGAAAUUAUCACACCUAUUGAGCAGCAUA